AUGGAAAUCGAGUUGUUUAGGGAAAGCGCUGCACUCCGACGUGGUGCUGCCGCUUCUGAGGCCUUUCGCCCUUGUAUUGCAGUUGCCUGCCGACGACUACCUCGUCAAGGCUGCAUACAUAUGAAGCGCCGAGCGAGGACAAUUUCCCGUACAUUCUUGUAG